UACAGGAGAUGACCAAAGACUGCGGACAUGGUACAGGAGAUGACUGCGGACACGGUACAGGAGAUGACCAGAGACUGCAGACAUAGUACAGGAGAUGACCAGAGACUGCGAACGGUACAGGAGAUGACCAGAGACUGCGGACACGGUAUCGGAGAUGACCAGAGACUGCGAAUGUACUACAGGAGAUGAGCAGAGACUGCGGACACGGUACAGGAGAUGACCAGAGACUGCGGACGCGGUACAGGAGAUGACCAGAGACUGCGGACAUGGUACAGGAGAUGACCAGAGACUGCGGACAUGGACAGGAGAUGACCAGAGACUGUACAGGAGAUGACCAGAGACUGUGGACACAGUACAGGGGACUGCCGGA